UUCAUCACCAUGAACCUGCUUCUGACCUUAUCAAUCUUACAUGGAGCAGGUACAUUAUCAAACUGCACUGUCACAUGCUGGGCUGCUAUUGACAGCACUGUACCAAUAGCACCAUUGACCAGCCCAGCCUUGGUGUCAAUCCAGGGCCUGCCUCACUUUCUCAACAGGCUGCUCAAAAGCUGUCCUAAAACAAACAAUGGCAUUGACCUCAAAUUCACUUAGUGGUUUGCACUGCUUUGAGCACUCCCACAUCUUAGACUGGGCAGGUCCCUUAUCAGAAACUUUCCCAUCUGAAACACAACCCACACUCCCAGCCAGAGAAAGGUUACUGUUGGAAGCAGCAUCUUUACCUUCUUCAUUCUUACUGCCAGCCUCCACAGGCACUUCUUUAGCAACAAUGCCCUCCCCCUUCUCAUUAACAGGGAUUGGGGACUCUCUAACAUCCAGGUAGGCUGCCUCAUAAAAGUAGGGCUCUGUCAAACUAGUGUGGCAGCCUUUUUCCAAAGUCAAUGUGUUCUUUAAAUGUAAUAGACAU